CUUCGCAUCGCUAUGACCAUACACCUUUGUUACCGCCGGUAGCACUAACACACACUGUAUUCACUUCGUGUGCUCACUCACUCGCUCUUCGCGACUACAUUUUGUGCGCUUCGUUUGACUGCUUACUUCGCUGGUGGUUUGCUGACUGUUGUCGCCUUCAUCGUUGUCUUUGGCUUUAGCUGAGCUAACGCUGCUUGGAGCCGUCGCCGUUGUCGUUCUGAUAUUCGGUUCUCACUGCUCGUGCCACUUCUUCUAUUCGUUGUGUGCUGUGUUAUAUGCCGUGUAUACAGAGUGCCUGUGUACGGUUGUUUGGCGCUGCCGUCGUUGUCGUAUGCUGCCGCACGCUGCUCUCCGAUACCUUCUGUCGCCGAUGAAUGACGUUAGUUCACUUCGAUAGCUCUAUGAGUUUACACGUAGAAAUUUUCAGUCUUCGCGUGUCUGAAGCGUACAAAAUAGAAUAAGCAAAGUAAGAAGAAAUUAUUGUGCGGAUCGUUUAAUUAAGCAAGUUGCUUAAUAUUUGAAGUAAGAACGCGUGUUCUGAUUUUACAUGUAUACAUAAAAGAAAAUCCAAAAGCUAUCUUAAAGAUAUUAUACAAUCUUCGCGCUCACAACAAAUUACGGUUAUUUUAAUAAAGUGCGGUUGAUCAAUUUCGCUCGCAAAGCGACAGAAACCUGCAAGUGAAAAGUGUGUCUGGAUGAAAAAAAUCAUAUCUCAUAUUUGGCAAAAAAUAUUAAGAAUUCAAACAAAUAUAACGAAAAAAAUCAAUGAUUGUGACAAGCAGCUAACAGAUAUGAAAAAGUGUGGACAUUAAUUUAAUUGUGUAAUAAAUGCAAGAUUAAUGAAUUAAUAAAUGCAACUUAAAACUUGUCUUAAUUUAUAUACAGUUGAGUGCCAAUGUAUAAGACGUAAUUAAUGCUCGAUAGUCGCUUACUAGUCAACAAAGAUUUUGCUAACCAAAAAUCGCCUCCCCUUAAUUCACAUAAGUUAUAGUAGCCGGCGGCAAAUUAAAUUUUUAGUGUUACACAACUUGUUGAUUAAAGCUUCAAAACAUCGGAUAAGUAGCAGUGGCAAGUGCGUUUAUAGUGACAUACGCACCCUGUGAUUUAAAUCAAAUUUCUACUUUUGUUGCGUUGAGCAGCCAUUGCGAGCUGCUCCUAAUACAUCGUCGUCAUCGAAUUCUCGCCUGUGUACGUUGAACGCAAAGACUUCAAGACGGUUGCCUCACGGUUCGAGUGGAAUGAGCAUAGGGACACUGGUCUUCCUUUUGACAGAUCGGUUUUCAAGGUCGUUAAACUGAGCCCCAACUUGGAGCCCUACCCCGCCAGCGUGGAGGGCCUGAACAGCCCUAGAGCGGUGGGGAUGGCCGCCACCUCAUAUAUGACACCGUCAAGCGGUGAUCUAGAUAUGGCGUUAGGUGGUGGAGGUUAUCAUACUUCAUCGCCUCGAUCAGCAGCCGAUGCGGGAGAAAUGAAAUACAUGCAACAUCAUCAUCACCAUGCCGCCGCUGCUGCCGCACAUCAUCAGCUUCCUUCAUCACCUAGCCCGAAUGCAGUUGUGGGUGGAGCGAGCGGAACGGGAGCGGGUGGUCCAGGAGGUCUUGGUGUGUCAGCGAGUGGGCUUAGUUCGUUAACACCGUCUGGCAGUUUGGGCACAAACCAUUGGACUGCAUUGCAUCCCUCAGAUCCAUGGGCAUCUAUGACUCACCAUACUCACCAUCACCCCGCGGAUGCGGUGAAACAAGAGAUGUCCCAUUUAUCACAGCAGUCACGUGUUCAACAAGGCAUGGCAUCCCCACAUACAUGGCACGCACCAGUCCAUACAGCUCAUUAUGCUCCGACGGGUGGUUCACCAUUACAAUACCACCAUGCGAUGAACGGAAUGUUACACCAUCCUGCUCAUCCAGCGCAUCACCAAGGAGUGCCACCAUUGCAUCACACACUACGCGGCGAAUCCCCACAACUUCAUAUACACCCACAUCAUCUGCAAGGCGAUCGCGACGUGUCGGGUGGAGAAGAAGAUACGCCUACCUCAGAUGAUUUGGAAGCGUUUGCAAAACAGUUUAAACAACGACGUAUAAAGCUGGGUUUUACACAAGCUGAUGUGGGACUAGCGCUUGGCACCUUAUAUGGCAAUGUCUUUUCACAGACAACAAUAUGCCGCUUCGAGGCUCUACAGUUAAGUUUUAAGAACAUGUGUAAAUUAAAACCACUGCUACAAAAAUGGCUAGAGGAAGCUGACUCCACCACUGGAUCCCCGACAAGCAUUGACAAGAUUGCGGCUCAAGGUCGUAAGCGCAAGAAACGAACCAGCAUCGAAGUUAGCGUAAAAGGUGCUCUCGAACAACAUUUUCACAAACAACCAAAACCCUCGGCCCAGGAGAUCACAUCGCUGGCAGAUUCUCUCCAAUUGGAAAAAGAGGUUGUGCGGGUGUGGUUUUGCAAUCGGAGGCAGAAGGAGAAGCGUAUGACACCACCAAAUACAAUGGGUGGCGAUAUGAUGGACGGUAUGCCACCAGGCCAUAUGCAUCCACAUGGUGGCUACCAUCCUCAUCACGAUAUGCAUGGAAGUCCAAUGGGUACACACAGUCAUAGUCACAGCCCGCCCAUGCUUAGCCCACAAAAUAUGCAGUCCGCGACGGGUCAUCAGUUGGCGGCUCACUAGCAAUCAGAAAUCCAGGAGUCGAACUCAGCUGCAGCUGCGUCCACUCCUGCAUCGCUGCAUCAGCAGCAACAACAACAGCACCAGCCACAUAGCCAACAUGCGCCCAAUACGCCGUCAUCGUCGGGUGGCUCCUCGGCGACAAUGACAACAAAUGUGCUGUCGCCGCAAUCGCCUAUCGGUGCGGGUUUAGCUGCUAACAAUAACAACAAUAACAAUACGAAUAACAAUAACAAUGAAAGUGAUCACUUAACUCAGGUGAAACAGCAGCAGCAACAGCAAGCGUCAUCGAUAGCGGCAGCUGCAGCCGCCGCUAUGUACAUCGAUCCGAUGCGCUACCAACAUCACCAUCCCCAUCAGCACCCGCACCUCAAUCCCGCGCACCACCCACACCUAUUCCACACCAGCGAACAGCAGCACCCAGCGCUGCAACAUCCGGCCGCUCAUCACCAACAUCUGCAACAGCCGCAGACAUCACCCGGAGCGGGCAGUAGCAGCGGCGCCUUGCAAGCACCAUCCUCGUCGCCUUCCUCAGCGUCUUCUGUGUUGGGCGUGAGCAGCGCGACCGGUAUGCAUCACCUCAACCUAAAUCCACAUUCAUUGCACCAGCAUCACCAUCACCAUCAACAGCAACAUCACCACCAACAGCAGCAGCAACAACUGCAUGCCCGACGUCUAUUUGAAUGGAGCUUACAAUUCGGCGCCGCCGCACCAAGCGUGAGGCAUUUCAAUUCAUUUGGCGGAGGCGGUGAAUAGCAUACGUCCGCCGCAGCGGCAGCGUCAGCCGCCUGGUUUGGAUAUGAAUCGUCUUAAGACAGCAGCUAUAAGGCAUUUAUAAUCCAACCAAGGGGCGGUGCGCUUUUGUGCUGCGGCGAGUGGUGAACCGGGCUAAUUAAAAUGGUGUACGGCAGCAGAGCAGAAUUAAACUAUUUUAUUUGGUGUAUAUCUAUAUGUGCAUAUGUAGUAUACCAGUAUAUACAUAUAUGUAUUUAUAUGUGCAGGGACCGAAGGACCAACGACCGAUUCAAAGUACCACUUGAAAUGGUUUAAUAUUAACCCACUUAGCAGUGGUGGGAUUUAGUUAGGUAGACUUAUUAAGUAAGUGGACGGUUGUAUGCCAUUUGCCAGAGCUAUACCAGUGCAUUAAUCUGUGUUAACUUGAAAUUAGUUAAGCAAACCAAGUAAAUAAAUAAUGAUGACCGUUAUAAAUAAAAAAAGAAAUAACAAAAAAAAAAAAAACAGUUUAGUAGAAAGAAUUUUUCACUGAAAUACAAAAAUGACAUAAUUAAAAGAUAUUUAAUUUACAUUCCACUUAAACUUCCUUAUGAUAAUUAGCAUCAAAGUCUUAAAAUAAUCUGUAAAAUAUAAUUAAAAUAAUUAAAAACUUUGAAAGUUUCUAAAACUUGCAAAUCAUAAUGCAAUUAAAUCAAACAAGAAACUAAGUGAUGUUUUUAAGAAAAACAAAUAACUAGAAUAAUCGCAAAGUUAGUAAUCAACUAAAUUAAAUGUAAUUAAUGAAUUCAAUAGUUCAUAGUUUUAUACAUGUAAAACUUCACUGUAAAUUUCUUAAAGACGAGUGCAACCGUGAGAAUCCUUAUAGAUAUGCAAAAUACAAAUAAUUUUAAAUACGAAUACCAACAAUAAGCAUUACGAAGCAUUAAAAUAACGUAAAAAGCAACCGAAUAGCUCCGUUUAAUUUUACCACUUAUUUAAGGCGCCAAAUCUUAAACAUCCAAACAGUGUUUGAUACAAUCAUUAAAUUAGUAAAUAUGCAAAUAAUAGUGAAUAUAACUUGUUGAGCGGUAAAGUGUCGAAAAGAAAUCACCAGCGCACGUUUUCUGUGCAGAUGCAUAUUGCGAAGGUUUACGUUUUUCGUAUUCAAUGCUUUGAUUGCCGAUUUAAUGUUUGGAAAUUUCUUAUAUGUAUAUAAAUAAACUUAUACUUUUCGACACUUUUCGUACAAAAACCAAGUAGACCAAAAGUUGGAGCAAACGAAGAACGCAUUCGCUUAUCACAAAUGACCAAAAUCAAAAAACUAAUUUUACUAUAAUGUACAUGUGUAUGUAUGUAGUUCGAAAUUGUAACAAAUUCCUUAUAUAUUUAUAUGCAUAUUGUAUUUUUAUUAAAAAAAGAAAUAUUUUACAAUGUUUGUUGUUAUGUUAUUAUAUAUUAAUGUAAAACCCUUUUGUAAUUUCUUUCGCCAAAUGCUAAACUAAAAGAGAAACAAAUUGUUUGUGAUAAAUGAAAUGAAAUAUUUUUUUAUGCUUGGUUUUUACAAAUAAGUUACUGUUUUAAGUAUAAAACACGAAAUAAAACUUAGUCAUAUUAUUUCAUAGAUUCCAACUCAUUUGAUCUGUUCAAAAAUGUUUAUUUUAAGUGGGAAGUCAAUAUUUUUAAUUUAUAGUAGAGUUUUUAUUAAGUUAGCUUUCGUAUAAGUACAAGUCGUGUGUAAAUAAUAUGAAGCGGUAAAAUAAAAUAUCAUUGAAUAAUUUGAAACAAAAACUAAUAUCUAUUAUUUUCCAUACAACUGAAGCCAGAGUCAGGAUUAAAAAAAAUCUUAGUUAAACGUUACUCAAAUUAUAAAAAUUAGAAGACAGAUAUAAGUAGUUAUAGGCUCAUAAAUAUUUUCCAGAAUGCACCUGAUAACAAUAAAGAACCGCGAGGCACAUUUUCGUACCAUUUGAUCAGUGCCACGUCGCACAAAAUAGAUAAAAUAAAAUACCUUUAAAACCCGAAAUAAGCCGCAAAACCGUUCGGGAGCAAUAAAAAAUUUAAUAUAUUCCCGAUUUACAACAGUUUAUAACAAAAAACGUGCUUGGCACCCGAAUAAGGUUUUCGUCAAAGCCGCUUGGCAGGCAAUGUGUUAGGGUAACCAACCAUAUGUGUUACUGUACAUAUGCGCUAAAAUAUGAACCUCAGAUAUUUUGAAAUAUGAAGCAAAUUUUUCGAGGUUUUACAAAUUGUCUGGGAAAGUUGUGAUAAAAUUUAAAUGAUUUUAGUUAAGUACUCAAAAAUUUAUAAAAAUAAAUACAGUUCUGUUUACAAAAAGAGGAUCGUUGAAUAGAGUGAAUUCUGAAUUUUAUACUCUUUUGAAUCUGUAAACAUUUGAAGUUGUUGCUAUUCAAUAUUCGUUGAAAUGCAAUUCAAGAAUUUGCCUCAUUUUGGGAUAGGUUUUGAAGAGGAAAGACUUCUGAAGUAAAACAGCUCCCUGAACGUACAUACUUUGUUAAAUAGUUCACUAUAAAACCUAAAUUUUUGAAUACUACUCCGACUCUGCGCAAUUUUUUAAAAACUAUAAAUUGCAUGAAGCUUUACAAAUUUUGUUCUUCUUUAUUGUAUUGAUCUAAAUCUUUGGUCUACAAAUUAACAAAACUCCUAAUUAAAUAAGUUUCUGAAAAGUACAACCGACAAAUAGUAAUAAUAAAUUAAUAAACAAUAAAAUAAUUAAAUGGCUUUAUUGGUUGCAAUAGUCACAUCCAUAUGUCGAAUAUUCAGAUAGCAAUACUUGGUAUCUAAGUAUCAUUAUGGGUCCAUCUGAAGGUUAUAUGGAUCGUUGCACUCUUGUGUAAAUAUUUAAAAUUAGCUCUAAGUAUGAUAAUUUUUAUCAAACAAAUUUUGAAAUGAAAUACCAAUUGAUAUAAUCGUUAUAAAAAUCGGAUCACAUCACUGAAAAAAAACAUUACAUAUGUUUUCACGACACUGUAGCGCUAGAAAGUAAGUAUUAGCUUUAAAGUUAUAUGUAAAAAAAAUAUAAUUUAUCUAUACAUAGGUAAAACAGGCAAGCAUAUGUAUACAUAUAUACGUAUUCAUGGGCAAGAAAACGUAUAAAUAACUGUGUAAAAAGAUAAUCGCAGCGAGGACUCAAUAGUUAUACGUACAUAUAACAAAUGUAAAACAUAAAUCUUAAAAUAUUUAGCGGGAACAUGUGUAAUUGUAAAAGUUGUAUUGUAAAGUAUUGUAAGUACGAAAUAAAAGAAAUUUUUAAAUUGAGAAAAA